UUAGAAACAAAAUUGAUAGGAAAAUCGUAUCAUCAAUGUACCAUUCAAAAGUCAAAUUGACAGACAGACAGAAAUGAAUGACACUAGCAAAAAAUCGAUCACCUCCGAAAGCAAACUCUCGGAGUACGACCGAGACCCCGAUUUCCACAAGGGCACAUCAAAGUUCGAGUUCCCCAACGGGGAUAGAUACGAUGGGGAGUAUUGCGCGCACCGCAGCGGGGUGGUGUGGCGUGAAGGGAUGGGGACAUACACCACCAAGGACGGACAAAUGUACAAGGGGAAGUGGAUGGACGACAAAUUGGUGGAGACAGAAGAAGUGGAAAUUUCUUUCACAGAGGAUUUCCAAUACUACGGCAACCUGAGCAACAACAAACUGAACGGCCCAGCCCUCUACAGUUUCCACAAAAACAUGAACCUGCUCUGCGAUUUCUCAGAAAACAAGCCCAUCGGGAAUCUCCUGAUCCUAGACAAAAAAGGAAGAGAAUGGAGAGGAAAGGCGUUAGAUGCAAGCGCUCUGUUCUUACCCGAACACAUAUAUUUCAAGUCGAUUCCCAGGGAUUACGGAAGAGGCAGGCCAAGGGAAAGGGAAACACCACAAAAACAAAGAGAGCAGCUCGUCGACCGAGUCAAAGAAAAGUCGGAAAAAGCCGCCAUCGAUGACGUCAACAAAGAAAAAUUGAGAGAGCUCGAAAUGAAGAUUUUCGCGAAAACUAAGAAGACAGUCUCAGAUCUGAAGUUCGAACAGUCCGAUUGGUAUCAACAAUACCAGAAUUUCAAGAGAAUCUACAAUGAAAUGCAGGAAAUCGUCAAAGAGACCGGGGAAGAAUCACUGAAUGAUUCCCAGAAGGAAUGGUUCAGAAAGUACGAGGAGUUCAAGAAGAAAUACUUGGAAAUAAUGGCAGGCAGGAAGCACAAAGAGAAAAAUUUAUCGGAAUACAAACUUUUUGAGCUUUUCAAUAGCGACGAGUACCAAAAUAGUUGUCCCCCAGUGAGCGUAUUCUAUCCAACAAGAAAAUCAGAAGAACAAUUUGAGAAAAAACAAGACGAAUCUAUGGAUCACAAGGUGGAAUUUUCGAAAACUCAAACAUAAUGUAGUGAACAUAUAAUCAGGCAAAUGGAUAUUUGAAUAGAUGAGUUCAGCUCUGAGAGAAGAACAUGUCUACUCUCAUUAACUUAAAAUAAUGAAAAAAAAAUGGGAAGAAAUGGAGAAGACCACCAGGUAAUCCAAAGAUCUGUCAAGCUGUGAGCUGGUUGACACACAAUGAUAUUAUUGAUUGUUGAUAAAUUGUUUUUGUAUGCGAAUUUUUAUUGAUAUCAGAUUUUAUUGAUGGUACUAACCAGGUGUGAUAUUGAUUCUAACCUAUGUUGGAUUGCCUAAUGGCCUUCUU